AUGAUUCUGGCCGGAUCAGACCAUUUCUUGGCGGUUCCGGCGGAAGCGACUGCCUUUCUGGGUGCCAUUGCCGGUUCCGUUGCUCUGUUGCUGGUAAUCUUCCUAUACUUGUCGCGCAAGUGGUGCUUCACUCCGCCUUCCUCGUCGGCGCUUUUCGGCGGUGUCUGCGUGCCCCUCUGCGAGUCCAACAAUAAUCCCACGACCCAGAUAUCGAAGAGCCUAGGAAACGCCUUCUCGUACUCAGAUCCAGAAACGAGUUCUGAUUCCGAGGAAGACGCUCUUCGAAGGUUGAAAUCGCGUCCUCAUCCACCUCCUGAUACCCUCACUAUCCAGGCUGAAGAUGGACCGACUGUUGUGGAUGCAGGUACCACAUCGAGCAGCUGCACCGAGGAACAUUCCCCGGAUCAGCAGCAGUGCAUAGUGGAAGUGGGCACCUCGGGUAUUCUUCUGGAUAACAGAGGUGAAGCCGAAGGUGAAGAAGAGCAGAAUGCUGUUACGGUGAACGACGGUAUCACGUCGAUGGGAGUGCCGGCCGAUGAAAUCGGCACCCUCGAAGUAGCUUUCUUAUACGACGCGCCGAUGCGGGAAAUGACGGUGCACGUCCUCCAGGGUCGCAAUUACCCCCCAGGGAUAAACGGCAGUCAAGUUCGCCUCGUCCUGCUGCCCUCGAAGAAGCAAAGGCGCAAAACCCGGGUGCGACAAGGCAGCACGCCGCAGUAUAUGGAGAGCUUUCUCCUACCUCGAGUCAACCCUGAAGACGUGAAUGCGAUGGGAGUCAGACUCAGAGUGUACCUAUGGGGUGGAAGGAUGCGCCGAGAGAGACUGCUCGGAGAAGCCAGGGUUUCGUUUGACCAAAUCGACCUGCAGUUGGAAACGACGCUUUGGGUACCUCUGCAGCCUCCACCUGCACAGGAUUGGGGAAUGAGUGGAAGCUUAACGCGUAGCGACUCCACCGGGUCCCAGCAAUCCGUGCAAUCAUACGCAUCGCGAACUCUACCAGCCUAUGGGAACAGCAUGAAAGGCGGAAGCGUAGCCGAGAUCCUGAUAGGGCUCGCAUACAACGGCACCACGGGUCGCCUGUCCGUCGAAAUCAUCAAGGGUUCGCAUUUUCGAGGAGGUGGUGGAAGCGACACAAAGCCUCCAGACACUUACGUCAAGUUGGCGUUGGUGAACAGCAACGGCCAUGAGAUGGGGCGCUCGAAAACUGGGCUGAAACGCUCCCAGCCGAAUCCGCUUUAUAAAGAGACAUUCAUCUUCCAGGUUGCCUUGUUCCAACUGGGGGACGUAACGCUGUUCAUAUCCGUGUACAACCGCCGAAGAGGCGGCAUGGGCAGGAAGAGCAGAGAGAUGAUAGGGUGGCUGUGUCUAGGACUUAACAGCUCAGGGACCGACGAGCUGCAGCAUUGGAACGAUAUGCGAGCUGCAAGGCAGCCCACGCAGGUGCAACGCUGGCACUCCUUGCUGCGUCCCUGA